UACAGCCACUAAUAAAUUCUAUUAAGAUAAACUUUUCUGUGUAUAAUUAAUUAACUCACGCUCCAUGUCCCUAUAGAGUCAAAACCAAACUCCUCAUAUGAAGAUUUCCUCUGCUUCUUCGAUUCAUUCGAUUCAUCUCCCUCAAUGGCGAAAAUCUCCCGGGAACCUCCAAUAGUUUUCAUGCUCCAUCCAUUCCGGCUUUAAAAACUACUUAAUUAUCCAUCUCAAAGCUUUUCUAGUUUCAUAAUACCGACGCAAUGAUGAACAGGGCAUUGCUUUGGAUGUACGCAUGGUGUUGGAUCUGUUUUCACACAGUCCGAUCCCAGAGCCUGAUCUGCGAUUCCGGCGACGUCGCCGCCCUCAUUGACUUUGCCAACGCUCUCGGCUCGCCGUUGCCUCUGUCAUCCUGGACUGCGGGCACUUCUUUGAACUGCUGCAACUGGACUGGAGUCGAAUGCGGCCCUCUAUCGAAUUCCGGCAGACGCGUCACUCAUCUAAAUCUCUCAAAUAAGAACCUUUCGGGCUCCAUAUCGAAUUCAGUCGGAGCUUUGGAUCAGCUUAUAUCUUUAAAUUUUUCGCAAAAUUCUCUCAAAGGAGUUGUUCCUUCUUCUAUCUUCCAACUAAAGAACCUAAAGGUGCUCGACCUCAGCAUGAACGACCUUUCUGGCCCAAUUGCUGGAAACAUCACUCUCACUUCCAUUGAACAUUUUAAUGUCUCCGGAAACAUGUUUAAUGGCAGCCGCCCAAUCCUUACAAGUUCGAAGAGUCUCACCUUAUUCGAUAUCAGUAUUAAUUUGUUCACCGGCGACGUCGAUGCUGAAAUCUGCAUCGACUCCCCUGGUGUUCAGUUUCUUUACUUCUCCAUGAAUUUGCUCUCUGGUGAAUUUCCUGUGGGGCUUGCAAACUGCAGCUCGCUCCGUGAGCUCUCUAUAUGCAUGAAUGACAUUUCUGGUAACUUGCCGGAGGAUUUAUUCAAGCUGAAAUAUCUGUCAAAAUUGAACCUUGAGGGAAAUAAUCUGCUCGGUAGGUUAAGCGAUAGGAUCAGUAAUCUCUCAAACCUUGUGCAGUUUGAUCUUUCCUUUAACAGAUUUUAUGGUAAUAUCCCUAAUGUUGUCGGAAAUCUGAACAAGUUACAAUGCUUCUGUGCGCAAUCCAAUCGUUUCUCGGGUGCAAUUCCUGCUUCCUUAUCAAACUUGUCCGGACUUAGAGUUUUGAAUCUUAGAAACAAUUCAUUGAGUGGUGAAAUCAAUCUCAACUUUACCGGAAUGGUUUUGCUGACAUCUCUUGAUCUUGGGUCAAAUUUGUUCUCCGGCACGAUCCCUCCCAAUCUGUCUGGCUGUUCAGAAUUGCAGACGCUGAAUGUUGCUAGUAAUUUACUUACCGGACAAAUCCCUGAGAGCUUUAAGAACCUUAUUUCGUUGACAUACCUUUCGCUGUCCAGGAACUUGCUGUCCAAUCUGAAUGACGCAUUGAGAGUCCUGCAACAAUGCCCAAAACUCACCAAUCUUGUUCUCACCAAAAGCUUCAAAGCCGGUGAGGAGAUUCUGGUCGAGCGAAUUCAAGGUUUUCCAAAUCUAGAAGUUCUAGCAAUUCCAAACUGUGGCCUUUCAGGAUGGAUUCCCACUUGGCUGCAGAACUGUACAAAGUUGAAGGUAUUAGAUCUGUCUUGGAAUAACUUAUCUGGUGUCAUUCCUCAAUGGUUGGGAGAUUUGAAUGAUCUUUUCUAUCUGGAUCUUUCAAACAAUUCACUUGGGGGAGAAAUACCAGAUGGCUUGGCACAGAUGAAGGGACUGAGGGCCAAAACUAAUUUGCAGCAACCAAGUUCACUGAAUGAUUUCCCUUUCUACAUUAAAAAGAACACAACAGGUAAAGGGCUCCAAUAUAAUCACGUCAGCAGCUUUCCACCUUCCUUGCUUCUUAGCCAUAACAUGCUUAUUGGAUCAAUCCCGAAAGGUUUCGGAUACUUGAAAGCACUGCAUCAACUUGAUCUGAGCCACAAUGGACUCUAUGGGACAAUACCAGAUCAGCUAUCAGGCAUGUCAAGCUUAGAGCUAUUGGAUUUAUCCCACAACAAUCUCACUGGAAGCAUUCCUUUGUCCCUAACGAAGCUCACUUUUCUCUCACGCUUCAUUGUAGCUUUUAAUAAUUUGGUUGGUUCAGUUCCAACCGGAGGCCAAUUCUCUACCUUCUCUGCCGCAGACUUUGAAGGCAACCCUGGCCUUUGCUACUUCCAUUCCCCAUCUUGUAAUUGUGUUGAACCCGUACAAUCAAUAAGCCGGCGAGCAAAGAGCAAAGCCAUCAUAAUUGGAAUGACAUUUGGAAUUGGUAUUGGUACCGCUUUACUUCUUGCAAUUGUGUACUUGUUUUUGUUCAGAAAUCAUUCCAAAAAAGGGGAAGAGAGAUCCAAACAGGUUGCUGAUUCAGGCGAUUUGGAAACUGAUGGCUCAAAAUAUGUGAUUCUGUUUAAAAACAUGGAUAAACAAGAACUAAGCAUCAGCGACAUCUUGAAAGCCACUGGUAAUUUUGAUCAGUCCAACAUUAUUGGUUGUGGAGGAUUCGGUCUUGUUUAUAAGGCGAUGUUGCCAGAUGGAAGCAAGGUUGCAAUCAAGCGGCUCUCUGGCGAUUAUGGCCAGAUGGACAGAGAAUUUCAAGCUGAGGUUGAAACUCUUUCCAGAGCUCAACAUGAAAAUCUUGUUCUUCUUCAAGGCUACUGUAUGAUUGGGAGCGAUAGACUGUUAAUCUACUCAUACAUGGAGAAUGGAAGCUUAGACUACUGGCUUCAUGAGAAGUUUGAUGGAGGAUCAACUCUGGAUUGGAGCACAAGGCUUCGGAUUGCACAGGGAGCUGCGAGAGGUUUGGCAUACUUACAUCAAUCUUGCUGGCCGCAUAUUCUGCAUCGAGACAUCAAAUCGAGUAAUAUUCUUCUCGAUGGCAAAUUCGAGGCUCAUUUGGCAGAUUUUGGGCUGGCAAGACUUAUUCUUCCUUACAACACUCAUGUUACCACUGAUCUGGUUGGAACUUUAGGCUACAUUCCACCAGAAUAUGGCCAGUCAUCAGUUGCUACUUACAAGGGUGAUGUUUACAGUUUUGGUGUUGUUCUUCUGGAGUUGCUUACAGGCAAGAGGCCAUUGGACAUGGCCAAGCCAAAAAGAUGCAGGGAUUUGAUUUCGUGGGUGCUUCAGAUGAGAAAGGAGGGAAAAGAAGCCAAUGUUUUAGAUCGACACAUCUACACUAAGGAAAAUGAAGAACAGAUGUUGGAGAUGCUUGAAAUUGCAUCCAUAUGCUUGAGCGAGGCUCCUAGGAAUAGACCUCUAGCUGAGCAGUUAGUCGCAUGGCUGUAUGCAAUUACCAGCGACAACCUGCAUGUGGAAAAUCGUACUAACUCAUGAAGAGCUAUAUGUAAAUAAUAGCUACAGAUUUUGGAAUACAAGUUAUUUUACUUCAGAUGCAAUUACUUCCAGUCUCGUUAAGGAUAUCCCACGUCCUAUUUUUGAUCAGAUAUACUUA